UGCCCAGCACUUGAUCUUCGUGAGAGUAACAAGUAACAUGGAUCGCUGGAGAGGCAGGGUUGCUCUAGUCACUGGAGCUUCAGUGGGAAUCGGAGCUGCAAUCGCAAAGUCUCUUGUCCAGCAUGGAAUGAAGGUGGUCGGCUGUGCCAGAAAUGUGGAGCAAAUUGAGAAAUUGGCAGCAGAAUGUGUCAGUAGUGGAUUCAGCGGCACUCUGAUCCCAUACAAAUGUGAUCUGUCUGUACAGGACGACAUGUUAUCCAUGUUCUCCUGGAUCAAAGUUCAACAUCAGGGCAUUGACGUGUGCAUUAAUAAUGCUGGUUUGGCUCUCCCAGAGCCUCUACUGAGCGGCAAAACCAGUGGCUGGAGGACUAUGAUGGAUGUGAAUGUCAUUGCCUUGUCAGUGUGCGGCCGUGAGGCUUACCAGUCCAUGAAAGAAAGAAAAGUUGAUGAUGGUCAUAUCAUUAAUAUUAAUGGUAUGUGUGGACAUCGUGUCCUCCACAAUGCUGAUUUACACUUCUACACCGCUACCAAAUAUGCAGUGACAGCUCUUACAGAAGGUCUCCGGCAAGAGUUACGAGAGGCCAAAACCCACAUACGUGCCACAUCUAUAUCUCCUGGUUUAGUGGAGACGGAGUUAACCUAUCGGCUCUUUAGUCAAAACCCAGAAAAGGCUGCUGCUACCUAUAAAAGCAUAAAGUGCCUGCAAGCAGUUGACAUUGCAAACGCAGUGUUGUAUGUCUUGAGUGCUCCUGAUCAUGUUCAAAUUGGUGACAUUCAGAUGAGGCCUGUGGAGCAGCUGACAUAAACUGUACAGAGAAAGAGAAUGAAGCAUCUCUGACAUAACGUCUUUAACAAACAUCAUAAAAGUUUGCACACAA